GUUAGAGGCUUGGCAUCUGAGUCCGAUUUAGGUGCUCUGCGCAUGUGGCCUCGGGCUGCAGUUUUGGCAGAUGGAAAGGGGCCGUGGCCCCAUGGCCCUGUGGAUGUGUUGAGGCUGCACGCAAAGCCCAACCUCCGAGAGCUUUUCGACUGGUUUGCCGUGGAUGGACGCUUGGAUGGGAGCGGCCUCACCCGGCUGCUGCAGGCACAACGAGAGUCCGAUGGUCUCAGGGAAGAAAUAUCCGACGCUUUCUCGCGCAUGCUUCAAGCCACAGUCUUUAGGCUGAAGACAAACGCAAGCCUGGGCUGGGAGGACUUCCGUAUCACCUACCAGCACUCAUACUUCCCACUUCGCAAAAAUCGGUUCACGAAGUUUGCAGCGUGGAGCUGUCUUAAGGUUCGCAGACAGACCUUGCCGAAGGAUUCCUACCAUUAUCGUUACCUUCCCAAGAUGGAGGCGAGGUUUCUUGCUGCGGUCGGCCGCACCAUGGUGGAAUGGUGUAAUGAUCAUGUGCGUCACAGAAGGAAGCCUAAGCCACAGACGCCCCCGCCCCCACCAACCGGUGGCUACCGAGAGGAGUCGCAGAUCUUAUCCUUUACGGCCAUGCUGGCUCAAGGGUGUAAAGCAUCGGAAGCCACUUUGCGCUGUUCUUUUCCCAGGAAGGCAGGACAGAGAGGCCGUUUGGCAGUGCUGGUGACCGGCAUCAAGAACCGGUACUACCCUCGAAGUGCUUUCAAACAUGUGGUUGCUCCGGCCGCACGGGAAGGCUACGAAGUGGACUACUUUGCGCUGUUGGAUUGGAAGUCAGCGAUUACAACCGACCGCAUCACUGGACAAGCUGUCGGGGUUUUCAACCCACUACACGCAAACAACAAGCGCGAGGCCAGGUCACUCCCAAAUCCUCAGUUCGCCAACGCGAGCGUGCGACAAGGUCUAAGCCUUGUCUCACGCCUCGCACGGGCCUCCGGCGCAAGCAGCUUGUACCUUCAGUUCCUGGAUCCCGGGCUCCAGGAGGAUCCUCCCCGGCAGGGUUGCAACCGAUACCUUGGCCAGGGGAGUGCUGAAGUCAUGAACUACAGAAGGACUAGGCUUACCUACAAGAAUGUUGAGAUCCUGUGGAACAUCACUUUGGAGAGGUUGAAGCGACAAGGCCUGGCUGCCUACAACCACGUGCUUUGGCAGCGGGAGGAUGCACAUUGGGUCAGCGACUUACGCCUGGAUCUUUUUCGGGAUCCUUGGACAGUGUCCGGCUUUUCGAUGUCCGGAGCUUGCGAAGCUGCGCCGAGCAUUCUGCCAGAAGGCCAUAUUUCGGAUAAGGUCUUUCUAGCGGGCGAAGUAGCCGCAAGCUCCUUUUUCAAACUGUAUGAUCUGGUGAACUGUGGGAAUCCAAAUCCCGAAUUGAGCCGCGUACGUCAUCCCGAGCAUUUCAUCGUUGAGGCCACCCGCGCUCUGGGCUUAAAGUUUCAGGUGGCACAGCGGGAUCGCGAGAUCCAGAAUCAGGCUCCCCACCGCGAAGUCCAAGCGUUUCUUUGCUGUUUUAGGCGUUUCGGCUUGUUUCAGGUCAUGAGGCUACAUUUAGAAUGCACCUGCUGGCGUCUACUCACGCUUCGGGCUUCGAUGUUGAGUUGUGGGCUUUUGUGGCAUGCAUUUUGUUUGUGGCUUGAGGUUAGCAGAGGGUUUGUUAACACGCACAGACGCUUAUCGAUGUUCAUAAGGAAGGUUCGGCCCGGUUUCACCACAUCACAGAAGCUUGGAACGCGGAAUGCACACCCUGCACCUGCAUAUCUUCCAGCAAUCCCGGCACUCCGAAUCUACUAA